AUGGCCAAUCCAAUAGAUGCUGUUAGUAUACAAAUUGGUCAACUAUUCAUCAAUCUAAACAAAAAAAUGAAAAAGGAAUUUCAAGGUGAAAUUGAUAACAUAAAAAUUGAAGAGCAAAAGAGUCUUGAUGAAUUGGAACAGCUUGAACAAAAGAUUCAAGAACUUGAAAAUGAAAAAACUAAUGCUACACAACAAUUAAUAGAAAAGAAACAAGCACAUAAGCGUAAAUUUGGAUCUCCAAAUUAA